AUGGCCCCAGUCGACGACGCGCUCGGAGACGGUCCCAUACCACUCUACCCGGGCGACCACGCGCCCUACACGACCUACACGACUCUCGGCAGCGCAGGAGCGGGAGCUGAGAGCCCCGCCGUCGGAAGUGAGCGAGCCGGUGAGGCCGGCGACCCGGGCAACAACACCCCGGGCAACACUGGCGGCAAGAAGCGCACCAAGGGCAGUGCCGAGGGCAGUGAUGGCGAGGGAAGGAAGCCCAAGAAGACGAGACAAACGCAGUCAUGCGAUGCCUGCCGCGCGCGCAAGGUCAAGUGUGAUCGCCCGCCCCCGGGCACAGCGGCUAGCGACCUCCCCACAAAGGAUGUCUGCACGCAUUGCCGACAGCUAGGCAUGGCCUGUACAUUCGAAUACAAGCCGAAGAAGCGCGGUCCGCCAAACAUGUACCUGAAGCGCAUGCAGGCGCUCAACAGUCAAGGAGACAUGCCCGCGGGAGGAGGAGGAGGAGUGGACGUCGGUGCAGAGUAUGCGCAUGGCGGACAUGUUGCCCGGAAGAGCAUGGAUGAAUACCGCGAGGACCACUCUGGUCCUGGCCCGGGCACGCUUGCCAAGCAAAACGCACUUCACCGUUCAGCACUCAAUCCGCAAGGUAUUGGCGGGUCUCCUAUCCCGCGCGGCACCGAUGCGGUGGAUGACUGGGGACCGACGCUGCUGCGUACGACAGCCCACCACAAGCAGCGCAGCGAGCAGCUUGCGCAGGGUAAUGGCUUCAGUUUAUCGCCCUCGUACAGGACUGGCUCGCCUCCCAGCGAGCGGACGGGCUUGUCGUUUGGUAUCUCGCCCUCGUCACCAUACGACAAGGGGCACUCGCCGUACUCGCCGGUGCUCAGCAACAUAUCCGGCAACCCGAUCGAGGCCGUUCUUCCUCGUCCUCUCCUGCUUCACAUUAUCGACCUCUACUUCGACUAUGUCUACUGCCUCAUCCCAUGCCUGCACAAGCCGAGCUUUAUGCACGACCUCCACUCGCAUCGCGAGGAGAGGCCAGGCCAAGAUGAAUGGGUGGCGCUCGUGUUUGCCGUUAUCGAGGCGACACUUGUCCAGAUGCCCCGCUCCUUCGUGUCACUCCCCAAACGCGAGAUCAAGAUUCUCUUCUCACGUGCCAACGAGCUCGUCAAGACAUUCCUCAACCGCGAUUUCCACCACUUGAGCGUCUCACGCAACAUUAUCCUUUACUUCCACGCCAUUGCUGCCCAACACAUGGGUAACCCGUUCGCCACCGACACCAUCUGGGGCGCAAACUACCUGCUCUCGAUCCGCUUACGCCUGCACGAGGAGGCGAGUUACCAGAACCUCAACCCCAUCGAGCGCGAGCUGCGCAAGCGUAUCUUUUGGCUCCAGUAUGGUGGUGACAAGACCUUGGCAUCUAUCGAGGGAUCGCCGGUGCUGUUCCACGAGACCGACUGUGCAGACGUGACUCUGCCAUCACCUCUUGACGACGAAUUCCUCACUGAGGACACAUACUUAGAGCAGCCCGAUGGCCACACCCCCGUGUUGGCCGGCUUCUACUACAUCAGCAAGCUCUUCAGGCUGCUUGACAAGAGGCGAACAGAUCGCUCCAAGCCUCCAUCCGGGCUAAUGCUGCAAAUGCGCAUCAACGAGAUUGAUCAGAUCUUCCACCAGGUCAUGACGCUCAUGGACAACUGCCCCGAAGCCCUCAAGCUUGACAUGGGCGGAACACCCGGCUCACGCAUGGAGAUGAUUGACGCCCAGUGGGAUGCUCAUGUGUCGUCGGAUAUCCGCCAACUGCUCCUGGACCCUACCAAGGCGAAUCGUGCAGUCGUCAAGGAUGGGUUCCUUGUGCAGCAGGCAAACAUUUAUGUCACUCAGCAAAUGGUGCGCUACAUUGUGUUGCAGUACCGCGAGGAGCUCGGUUUGCUCCAGGACAAGGAGCUUUCUUUGCAGACGGGUAUCUCUGAUAACGAGCCCCCUGGUGUUCCCUCCCACCGCCGCCUCUCAGCAACCCGCAGGCCGGGAUUCACAGAUGAGGAGAAGGACCAGGUCGCAAGUGACCUCCUCAUGGUCCUCUCCAAAAUCCGCAUGGAGGUCAUUGCCGUGAACAGCGUUGCGCUUGUCGCCAAAGUCCGCUUCGUAGCAUCGACCUUGCUAGAUGCUCUCCAGUCCCCGUCGGCUCCUGCCACACCCGAGAUGGCCAGGACAAACGACCGCACUGCAAGGGCCCAAGGAUACCUCUGGGACUUCUUACGCAUUCUCUCUGAUAUUGAGGCGCUGUAUAUAAUGGACGACGAAGACUAG